AUGAACACCCAGGCUGGAAUGCAAGACAGCCUUGAGACUUACUUCGAGAGGAGUGUGGAAAUUGAGAUAACCAACGAAUCACGGGAUGUGACCCUCCAUUCCCCCAGAAGUUACUGCUUCAGUGGCCACAGCCUCCUACCUCCUUCCCCCCGAAUCCCGCCAGGAUCCAAGGAGAGCUGUAUGUUCACAAAGGGACGGUACAGCUUUCGUGGGAGCGUGGGGCUGCUGGUGUACAACUCAGACGCCUUCACCCUUGCCAUCAUGUUCUCCAACCCCUUUGACUACAACCUCUACUGUGUUGAGUUUGGCCUCGAGAUCUGCCCAGGCAAAGAGCACCUUGGUGACAUGGAGGAAGUCUAUGCAAGGAUGUACAAUUAUACGCCUGCCAACAGCUGUACAACGUUCAAAAGAGCCAAGCUGGGCCAAUGCCAGGAAGCGCUUGUGGUCACCUCAGGGAAUAUCCGUGUCAUGGCCACCAUGUCCAAUGCUGCCAAAGCAGUCAUUAAAGUGCUUGUGGAGGAAAAAGGGAACCCACCUCCCUACUCAAAGAACCCGAUUUACUACAAGACACACUCCUAG